AUGUCGAAUUCUGUCCAGCCGUAUCUUCAAUUUGUUAGUGAUGAUACAGUCGGAAGUAAAGGAUUGCAGGCUCAAUACCAAAUGAUUUCAUAUGGAUAUAAAUUGCCUAAACAUCAACUAGAUUCUCAAUCAUUAAUCAAUCAAAUCGCCUCAUCAACAUCUUAUUCAAGCGUUUAUUAUGGUAAAAAUGAAAUGCUGCAACAAUAUCAACCAUUUCAAGGGAAUAUUUAUCUCGUACCGCCUCUAUAG